AUGUCCGCGUCCAUCCAAAAGCCAGAUAGUUCCUUGGACCAUGAAAAAGGGAGUAUCGAGGUGUCCACGACGGCACACUGCAGCAGCGAGUCCCGCCCAUCCCAGCCAUACACGACCUUCACGGCCAGACAAAGAGCGCUCAUCACUCUGCUAGUGGGCUUCGCCACAAUCACCUCGCCGCUGACAGCGACAGUCUAUUUCCCGCUAUUACCCACACUGAAACGUCAAUUCCACAUCUCGGCGCAGGAGGUCAACCUGACGCUGACCAUCUACAUCAUCUUCCAGGCCCUUUCACCUGCGCUAUUCGGACCCGUGUCUGAUAUCAUAGGCCGACGACAAGUAUACCUCGUCACGCUAGCCAUCUACGCUCUGGCAAAUCUAGGCAUGGCACUGAACAAGGCUAUGUACAGCGUGCUGAUGCUGUUCCGCGCACUGCAGAGCCUAGGGGCCAGUGCCGCAUUUGCCAUCAGCUACGGCAUUGUGGCUGAUAUCUGCGUCCCCAGCGAGCGCGGCACGAUGAUGGGGCGCGUCAGCAUGGCCUUGAACCUUGGAACGUGCAUUGGGCCAAUCCUAGGCGGAUUAGUGGCUUUUCAGCGCGGAGAGGGCGACUGGAUCUUCUGGGCUUUGCUGAUCGUCGGCGUGCUACUUUUCCUCUUGGUCGGUCUCUUUCUUCCUGAGACAGCACGCCAUCUAGUCGGCAAUGGCACUCAGAGGGACCCCGGAAGCUGGUCGCAGUUGAGCUGGUGGAUGAUGCUGCGAAAGCGACACGACUUUCACGAGAAACCUCAAUUCCCUGAUCAAAAGUCGGGCCUGCGCAUUCUCCGUCCGCGACAUCUGCUGGCCCCGUUGCGUAUCAUCUUCCAUCGGGACGCGUUGCUCUGUCUCUGGAUGCACGGCUCCUUCUACGCGGUGGACUAUACACUGGCAGCCGCCGUGCCGGACAUCUACCACAAUAUCUACGGGUUUAGCGAGAUGCUGAUCGGUCUGUCGUAUCUCCCCCGCGGGGUCGGCAUCAUCUGUGGGGGGUAUCUCAACGGACGGAUAAUGGAUUACAACUACCGCGUCGUGGCUCAACGACAGAACUGGACAAUUGAUAGAGUCUCAGGCGACGAUCUAACGCAGUUCCCCAUCGAGCUGGCCCGGACACGCGACAGCUUCAUCUUACUAGUCAUUUCAACGGUGACAUUAAUUGGAUGCGGCUGGACGGUGGAACGACAGGCGCAUUUUGCUAUUUUGCUUGUAUUGCAGCUCGUUCAGGGAUUCUGGGGGACCUCUGCUGCUGCUGCAAGUGUCGUGCGCUGUGCCAUGGCCGCCACGGCUGUUAGUCUGCUAGAGCCGCUGAUUCGUGUGACAGGAUGGGGAUGGUAUUUCACGGGCAUCAAUAACAUAAUCUCGGAGGUGCGCAGCCAUCAUCACUUCACUGAGCAGGAGAUCUACCAUAGUGAGAUCGGCAGCAAGCUCAUCCUGGCCAAUCGGUCUCUGGCUGCAGAAGUUCGCUCUGCUCGAUACUUACUGAUACUUGAUUCGGCACAUUCCCUGGCGGUGUCCGACUUUAUUCACGUAUCUGGUGAUUUUUGUUGGCGUCUACGUACUGUCGUGGUGGUCACCUCUACCGAAUGUGAUCCCUUCAAUCAAUAUUGGCAGGUGCUGCCCAAUCCGAGUACCUGUUGUCAGGCCCAGAUGCAGUUGGUUGUGGUGGGCGUGCUGGAGGCCGUCACCGGUGUCAUGCUGAUUGCGCUGUCACUCCCAGCACUGAUCAUGGUCAAGAAACUGCACUUGGCCUCCUGUUCGCCGUGGGCUUCAUCGUCGCUGUCACCAUCAUCCGUCUCCCCCAGAGUGCACGUGGCGAUUGACCUGGGCCUCCGUCGAGCAACUGGCCUCCACCAUCGUGGCCAAUACUCCCGUGCUCUACGGGUUCUACCGCGGACAACGCGAGGCACAAUCAAGAGCGACCGAUACCCCGUUCGUUCCACACUCAUCGGAGCAACGGACGAUGGUCGCACGCGACAUAUAAAGCGAGGGCAAUACCAGCAUGGACACGAAAUCAGAUGA